CCUCCCAAAAUCUACGUCUGGGUCGAGAUGGGGUUGCUUCUCUCUCUAACUUUCUUCCUUGUUGUGCUCACAGCAGCAGCAGCAGCAGCAGCUACCUCGGAAGAUGUUUCCCACAGCUCGUGCUCUUCCAAAUUCAGUGGUGAACUGCACCUCCUCGAUGGCUCCGGUCUCCGCCUCACUCUGCACCACCCCAGGAGCCCCUGCUCCCCUGCCCCCCUCCCCGACCUCCCCUUCUCCACCAUCCUCUCCCACGACGAGGCACGCGCCACAUAUUUCGCCGCCCGGCUGACCAAAACCGUACCACGAGCCGCGUCACCACUCCUCCAGUCGGCCGCCGUCUCCGUUCCCCUGUCCCCCGGAAACUCCAUCGGCGUCGGCAACUACGUUACCCGCAUCAACCUCGGCACUCCCGGCAAGUCCUACUCCGUCGUCGCCGACACCGGCUCCUCCCUCUCCUGGCUUCAGUGCUCCCCGUGCAAAGUCGAGUGCCACCCACAGGAAGGCCCUUUGUUCAACCCUAGCUCCUCCGCCACCUACAGAUCCGUGCCCUGCUCCGCGUCGGAGUGCGACAGCCUCGAGUCCGCCACCCUCAAUCCUGCCGCCUGCACCUUGUCCAAUGUCUGCGUCUACGAGGCCACCUACGGCGACGGCUCCUUCUCCGUCGGGUACCUGAGCAAGGACACGCUCUCUUUAGGCUCCGGCCGUCGGCUCGCUGACUUCGUCUACGGCUGCGGCCAGGACAACGAGGGCCUCUUCGGCCGCUCCGCCGGCCUCAUCGGCCUCGCGCGCGACAGGCUCUCCAUGCCGUCGCAGCUUGGGCCAACUCUAGGAUACGGCUUCUCUUACUGCCUCCCCACCACGGCGUCCUCCGGGUACCUGUCGAUCGGCUCAAACAAUCCGGGGCGGUUCUCCUACACGCCGAUGGUGUCGAGCUCGUUGGACGACAGCCUCUACUUCAUCAGGCUCACGGGCAUCACGGUCGGCGGGCGAGGUCUGCCGGUGUCGGCGUCGGCCUACACCAGCACGCCGACGAUCAUCGACUCCGGGACGGUCAUCACGCGGCUCCCGGUCGACGUGUACGACGCGCUGAGCAGCGCGGUCGCGGCGGCGCUGAGGGGGUACAGGCGGGCGCCGGCGUACUCGAUACUGGACACCUGCUUCAGGGGGAGCCUGAGCAGGCUGGCGGUGCCGGCGGUGGACAUGGUGUUCCAGGGGGGCGCGACGCUGAGGCUCGCGGCGAGGAACGUGAUGAUCGACGUGGAUAGCUCCACGACCUGCCUGGCGUUCGCGCCGUCCGGUAGUGUGGCGAUCAUCGGCAACAAGCAGCAGCAGACCUUCAGUGUGGUGUACGAUGUGGGCAGGUCGAGGAUUGGGUUCGCUGCCGGUGGCUGUGGCUGAGGGAAUGCUGCUGAUGGUGUUUGUUUACGUGUGCAUGGUGUUCGUAGUACGUGGAUAGGAGAAGAGUAAAGUGGAGUGUGGCGUGACAGAAGUUGGAGGUGAUGAAGUAUUAAGGUGCACUAUGUAGGGCUUGAUUGAUUGUCGAUGCAAGGUUUUGGGCGACAACAUCUGUUGGAUCUUAUCGAAGUGAAUCUUGGCGUAA